AACGACUCGGUGGUUGCCGGCGGGGGUGCCAUAGAGAUGGAGCUUUCCAAAUACCUCCGGGACUACUCCAGGACCAUUCCAGGCAAGCAGCAGCUGCUGAUCGGUGCUUACGCUAAAGCCCUCGAGAUCAUUCCCCGCCAGCUCUGCGACAACGCUGGCUUCGACGCCACCAACAUCCUCAACAAGCUCCGGGCCAAGCACGCGCAGGGCGGUAUGUGGUACGGUGUGGACGUCAACAACGAGGACAUCGCCGACAACUUCGAGGCCUGCGUGUGGGAGCCGGCCAUCGUGCGCAUCAAC